AGCUGACGAGAUCCCAAUCCGACGCCAUGGCCGUCGUGGAGAACAAUGCGCGCCUCUCGGCCUUCGUCAACUUCCCCUCGCCCUACACCCAAAGCCUGUUGGAGCGUGCGCUCGUCGCGGUCCUCCCGGCGCUGAGCUUGUCCUCGUCUCCGCCGGACGAGGCCGCGCCGCCGCGCCUGCAAUGGGCUGAUUACGACCUCCUCGCGUUCGACGUGCCGCGGCACGAUGCGCGCUUCCUCAUCUCGUCGUAUGUGUACCGCAAAGCCCUGAUCCGCAAGCACCAGCUGCACACCACCGUGGCGGAGUACUUGGCGAAAUGCGAGCACCGGGGCGUGGAGAGCGCGCUCGUGCGCGGCAUGCCGAAGGGAUGGGUGCUCGAUAUCCAGUUCGCGGACGAGCUGGACGAGAUGCUCAUGGACGACCUGUAUGAGUUGGACGCGGGCAUGCGCGAGAACGAGGGGAGGGAGGAGGACGAGCGCGCGUGGUUCAUCCUCAAGCCGGGGUUCGCGGAGCGCGGGCAGGGGAUACGCAUGUUCAGCACCGAGGACGAGCUGCGGGCUAUUUUUGAGGAGUUCGAGCCGCCAUCAUCAGAUGAAGAGGACGAGGAGGAGCUCGCCCGCCACACGGGAGAGAUUGACCUCGAUGCGGAAGAGGAGGAGGGCGGCACGGCCAUCCUCACCUCGCACAUGAGACACUUUGUGAUCCAGGAAUAUGUCCCACGCCCAGUCCUCUUCGACCUGCACGAGGGGAGCGACGAUGCGUUGCUAGGCCAGAAGUUUCACCUUAGAGCCUACGUCCUCGUCACUGGCGCGUACACCGUGCACCUGGCGCACACGAUGCUCGCCCUCUUCUCCGGCUCGCCCUAUACGCCACCACGCAACGUCGAGGGCGAGCUGGACCUGCGCCCGCACCUGACAAACACGUGUUUGCAGACGGACGCGUUCGGGCAGCCCGUGGGCGAGGACGACCUCGUCCGCCUCUUCUGGGACCUGGAAGCAGCCACGGCCCUGACCCGCACAAAAGGCGGGUACGCGGCCGCAGGCGUCGUCGACCACGCAUGGCUCGAAGCCACGUUCGCCAAGGUCGGCGACGUCGUCGCCGAGACCGUCAAGGCCGGCGCGGAAUGCGGCAGCUUCAACCUCCAGCUCAUGGAAAAUGCGUUCGAGAUCUUCGGCGUCGACCUCCUCCUCUCGCACCCCGCUGACGCUGCGCCCGACACACUUGCCGUGCCGGAGGUGUCGUUGCUCGAGUUCAACGCCAGCCCUGACUUCGUGCAAAGUGGCGACGCUCUGCGCCCUCGCUUGCUCGAUAUGUUCAAGGGCGUGGUCCGGCUCGCCAUCGCGCCGUUCUUCGGCAUCGAUACGGUCGACGCUGAGGAAAGGGGCACGGAGGAGGACAUGGUGCUUGGUGAGGAGCGGUGGGGGUGGCGCUUGGUCGGAAAAGGGGAGGUGCGCGGUGGCUGGUAGAGGUGAGGCAGGGAGGGCCCACAGAUCUCCUCGAAAGUGUCAGCCACCCGUGCGAGCCGGGUGGAUGCAGUUGCCAUUGCGUGGAAUCGCUCGUGGUAAGCAAGUAAUGAGUGCAGUGAGAACGUAUGUGUCAGUGCCAGUACCGCCUACGCUUACAUGACUGGUGGCCAGAGAUGAGCUCGGUCAUGAUUGUCCAAUGACCAUGCUAUACAUGCAACACG